UGGCUGAGGACAAGGAUGCUCUGUGGUAUAAAUAGCGGCGUGCUGCUGGUUUUCGGUCAGAAUCUGAACUCUCACAACAACACACACAAGUGUACAGCACACAGCUGGGACUCAGACAAUCAGAGCAAAAUGUGCCAAGGAUUGGAAUCACUGCCAGUAACCUGCCUGGAGAGAGUCAAAGAGAUGAAGGCACGCUUGGGAAGCUUCCUCCAGAAGCAGGAGCUCAAUCUCAUGGGUCUGUCCAACAAAACUGACAAGCUGAGGACGGACGAUAUGCUUAAAUCCUUUCAGAAUCUCCUGGCUCACAAAGAUGGGUUGUGCGCCUUCCGAGCGUUCCUGCUGUCCGAGCACAGCGAGGAAAACAUCGCCUUCUACCUCGCCUGUGAGGACUACAAGAACACAAAGACGUCCUCCAAACUGUCCUCCAAAGCCAAGAAAAUCUACAAGGAGUUCAUUGACAGCGACGCACCAAGAGAGGUGAAUCUCGAUCACGAGACGAAAACCGCCACAAAGAGCAACAUGGAGCAGCCGACCGUCUCGUGCUUUGAUCUGGCCCAGAGCAAGAUCUACACUCUCAUGGAGAAGGACUGCUACCCUCGGUUUCUAAAAUCUCCGCUCUACAUGGAGCUUAGCAGACAAGCAAAGCUUUGAACUUGUCUCCAACCACUGGACACACUUGAAGCAGAUCUUCAAACGCACGAACGCCGUCUCAAUGGCCGAGGUGGACACGAAGAUAUCAGUGUGGAACUGCAACAUACAGUAACAGUCUGAAAGGUGCCGGGAACUAAUGAGGAACAAAUUGUUGAAGGAUAUCAAGAGAGAAGCAACAGUAAGAGGUCAUCAAUCAUAAUGCUGAACUUGGAGAAAAAGAUUUUAAAAAAAAAACACUGGAAUUAAACUGUGAGCACACUUUUGCACAAGGAAACUGACAAAUCCUACAAUGUUUUCAAUGUUGUAUAGUUUUGUCAUCUGAAGAACUAAUAUUUAUUGAACAAAAAAUUUAUACACAGUAAAUGUUAUAUAUUUAUUUUAUUUAUUAAACUGUAUGAUGAUGUAUGUGUGGAAUUUUGUUGAAAUAAAUUAUGAAAUCUAACAUCCUGUGCAACGUGUUUU